GCAGCGAAAGAAGGAUACGCAGUGAUUACUACGCAUUUGCUUUCAACCACAAGCGUUGGAGGUAACUCGAAGGGUAACGACGGCCGAACGCCACUAUCGUGGGCCGCUGGGAAUGGGCAUGAAGAUACCGUCAAGCUGCUGCUUAAUACUGGCAAGGUCAAUGUUAACUCUAAGGAUAGAAAUUAUGGCCGGACGCCGUUGUCGUGGGCCUCUGAUAAUGGGCACGAGGCCAUUGUCAAGCUGCUGCUCGAAACGGGCCAAGUCAACAUCGACUCGAAGGACAGCUCCGGCCGGACGCCGCUGUCGUGGGCCGCUGAGAACGGGCACGAGGGCAUCGUCAAACUGCUGCUCGAGACGAGCCAAGUCGACGUCGACUGGAAGGACUGGUCCGGCCAGAUGCCGCUGUUGUGGGCCGUUGGGAACGGGCAUGAGGCGGUGGUGAAGCUCAGAAGCUGCUGCAAUCUUCUAUAG